AUGCCCGAGAGGACGCGAAAAGUUCACAGCUUUGUGGUGGCCUAUGACGACCCGGAGAGGGUGAAGGAAGAGGGCUGUGUAUUCCGCUUCUACAAGUUCAAUGGUCUCCCGAUGGGUCCUUCGAGCAGUCCAAGCGCAAUGCAGGUGUCAUCGGGGCUAAUGGUGGUCCUCAGCAACGAGAAGACACAGAACCGUCUCCAAGGAGUCUCCAGAGCAUUCCCCUCACGGACACGGGCACCGCUACAGGAUGCUGUAGAGUCUCUAUCGGUUGAAGAUGAAGAAGUCUAUGGUCUGGAGGCGCCACGUUCGAGCAAGGCUGCGCUACGCUAUGCUGAAAUUCUUGAAGAAACAAAAGUGACCGUCUUACCGCGACCUUCAACCGACAACAUUAUCGUGGAUGCUAUUAAUGAUCGCCGAAGCCACUCAGCAACCAUGUUCAAAGAGGGUAUGGACAGAGCUAAGUUCAUGGACGACUGGGUGCUCGGUGCUGAGACGGCAAAUCAGAUCCGAGCUAUGUAUGAAGAAGACUUGGAGACUACUACUACUUUUGGUCACAUCAUUCACCCCUCGAAGACCAAACACAAUACUGACAGCUCUUGUGCUGAAGGGUUAGGUAUCAUUUGGGAAGGUUCUAACGACACUAUCAAGGCUAAAAGUGUGGACGUUGACAGUCUACGAGACCAUGUAACUAGAAACGGCCAGAUUACUGUCAGAGAGACCUUGAGCUAUCUCCACACAGCACAUGAUCCUUUUGGGAUUCAUGGUUGGAUCACUCAUGGAGUUAAAGUGAUUUUGAGGCAGGCCUUCGUCUCCAACAAGCAGAUGGACGACCACUUGAGCGUGGAGGACAGCCGUAGGGUCUAUGAGUUGUUGGAUACUUACAACAGCAACAUCAGCUCAAGGCUCACACCUCGCUUCAUCGAUACCAGGCGGCACCUGACUGUGUACACCGAUGCCUCGGCUAUCGGCCUAGCUGUCUUUAUAACCAGCUCAUCGGUUACCCAACCGCUACUCUGCUGUGAUCGAUUGGUACCGCUUCAUCAGUGCCGAUUCUCUAUUGUCCGAAAGGAGCAUUUGGCAUUGGAACUAGGUCUCCAACUGACGGCGGCACUGCUACCAGAUCUGCCCUUCAGCGAGUCACGCAUUGUUCACGUAUGUGUAGACUCACUAAUCGUGGUUCAACGGAUCCAGCGCGCCCUGAAGAUUCUCUCAUCGACGGAAGAGGUAAGGCCGAGGGUGCCCAAGACAUGGUCUAGGUGGGAGUAUCUCCACUCUCUAUCGGCGGCGCGGUGGCUCCGCGCAAUUGCAGCGGCACUUGGUGACGACCCACACACGGAUAACUUCCAGAAGGUCAAGUUGGUACACUGUCCGUCGGCAAAUAACCUUGCUGACCCGUACACGCGAGGUUAUGAUCCUCAAGAGCUCGACUCUGAGACUGCGCAAAGAUGGCUUACUACGUUGACUGAGGGGGGUUCGACCUUCCCGGAAGGAGCUGAUCCCACCCGGGACGUCUUCACCAUCACUGAAUCAAGCGAGGAGGCGAGUUCCCUAGAUUUGGCGGAGAGUAUCUAUAGUUGGAUUGUGGCUAAGCAGCAAGACGACCCGCUCUGCCGGUUCAUCCGCUACCUCAAAAAUGACAUCGAGGAGGCGCCUGAGGAGAUCGACAUUGAGAAUUUCAACGCCGCCGACCGAUGCAAGAUCAAGGCUUUGUACUGCAUCAACACGGAGGAAAACCAACCGGUAGUGAGGCUACAAAUUGGUCGUGACGCCGAGUCCAACAAUGAGGGAUUAUUACUUGUCCCUCCUGGGGCCCGCCAGAAGGUCCUCAUCAGCUUCCACUGUUACUCGUGUCACCGGAACUCCAAAUUCCAGUAUGCGAAGAUGGCCGAGUUCUAUUAUUGGAAGGGGAUUCGACGGGACGUUCGAGCCUUCUGCAGAUCGUGUCCAGCCUGCCAGCAAGCCAAGGGCCAUGGGUCAUCGGUGGAUGAGGAGGUCCUAUUGAAUAGUAGGGUCUACCUUGACGCCAAUACUGUCUUGUCUAUCGACUGGAUUGGUCCCGUAAAUGAAACUAACAUCCGAGUAGAUCUGCCAACGGAGCCUAAGCUGGAGCCUACGAGCCAUAGCUUUGUCCCUGUUAGAUCCCGUAUUAAUUAA